AUGGCCUCACCACAACCUCCAUCGUUACGCUUCAAAUCGGAGGCUUCUCCUCAGGGCGGCAAAUCACAUGAGAUCAGGCGAAGCAGUGGUUCUCGUCUCUCCGUUCGGUCUCGUCUCCGCAGUCUCUCUGCUGUAUCUCUACCGUGUCUCCCUGCAGUGUCUAUCCUCAUCUACUCGGCGUCUGUUUUUAUUGAUACCUGCGCAAAGGCUAGGUUGGGGCAUGAUGUGAUCUGGGAAUGCCAGCGUUCCCCAAGCAACCAAUCAGAACUCUCCUUGCAAAUGACAAAUAUGCGGGAGCCCCUCCUCCAUCCUUGGAAUUCUACCUGGGCCUUCUCCUUCUUUCGGUCACCUGAUCAAACCCGUCUCCUUCUUGCUUUGUGUGAGUGCCUCUCACCAUCAUUGUCCAAUUGGGCAUGGAAAUGCGAUGAUGAUGGUAAAAGAAGUCGGAAGCUUCCCUCUCCAGCCUCUGAUUUAAUGUUUAUCGGCCUGCGUGAGAGCAGGUGGUUGUUUGUUAGAGAGAGCGAGAGGAAAAAAGCUUCGUUCGUGGUCGGAGAAGGAGGUGUUGGAAAAUCUGCCUUGACGAUUCAGUUCUUCCAGAAGUUGUUUGUUCAAGACUAUGAUCCGACCAUUGAAGAUUCCUAUAUUCAACACGAGGAAGUGGAUGGUGUGUGGUGCGUCCUCGAUGUAUUGGACACGGCUGGCCAAGAAGAGUUUAGUGCUAUGCGAGAACAAUACAUGCGUACAGGAGAUGGGUUCCUUCUAGUUUACUCUGUCACAGACCGACACAGUUUUGAGAGUAUCAAAAAUUUCCACACCCAGAUUUUACGGGUGAAAGACAGGGACUCCUACCCUAUGUUGCUGGUUGCUAACAAGGUAGACUUGGUCCACCAGCGGAAAGUCAGUGAAGACCAGGGGAGAGAACUUGCCGCUCACCUUAACAUCAACUAUAUAGAAACAAGUGCCAAAGAUCCUCCUCUCAACGUAGACGCUGCAUUUCACCAAGUCGUCCGUAUUAUUCGAGAGCAGCCACAAGACUUUAAUCGUGUUCGUAAAAGGAAAGGGAAGCGAACAAGGUGCACCAUUUUAUGA